GAUUUAAUUGAGUUGACCACAGAUGUGGAAAGUUUUAUGAGCUCAAAUGUUUCUGACUCUGAUGCAAGUAGUGUCAUGCUUGCUACCAAAACUGAGGUACAAGAUAAAUCAGAUACUAAAGAGCUGAAUUUGAAUUUGCUAGAAACAGGAAAAAUACCAGUGAAAAAAAGAGGUGGUUGGCCAAAGGGAAGGAAAAGGAAGCCAGAACUAUUGCAUUUGCCUCCCAAGGCACCCUCCACUGGAUACAACCUGUAUUUGAAUGAACAGAGGCUUCUGUUCAAGAAGAGCAGUUUACCAUUUCAUGAAAUUACCAAGUUGAUAGGGAACAAAUGGUCUAGUUUAAGACUAGAGGAAAAGAAACCUUAUUUAGAGAGAGCUGAAGAGGAAAAAAAGAGAUACAGGGAAGAAUUAAGGGAAUAUAGGCAAUCAAGUGCUUAUCAACUAUACUUGGCUAAUAAGAGAAGGAACAGAGCCAAGUAUAAUGUUUUGUCUGAAAGUGAUAUGGAUGCUACUGAUGAUUUAGAUGAGGAGGAUAAUGAAGAAUUGUACUGCAGAACAUGUGAUCAGUAUUUCCACAAUCUCCAUAAUAAACGAGAGCAUCUGCAAGGUCGACAGCAUAUGCAGAUGCUCGCUGGAGCAAUUCAUAGCGACUCAUUUAGUACAUCUCUGGAUGAAUCUUCUCUGGAUUGUGUGACCGCCAGUAAAACUGAAAAGAAACCCCCGUCUGAUGCUUCGGAAUGCAUGAAUCUGUUAAUUGCGGCUGUGAGCAAAAGGGAAACCGAUAUCAAGCUCUUGCAACGCGCGAUUAAGGAUAAAAAUACCUUGAACACAGCGCUUUAUCAACAGCUAAGUUUGCUCAAAGAUCGCGAGGCCAAAAUGAAAAAGGAGUUACAGCUCUUGAAGGAACACGAUAAAGACAUGAAGCAGGCAGUGAUUAAUUUGUGGCAAGUACCUAGCUGGUUUGUCAAUAACGACGGAAACAACAUUGGCAAUUUGAUCCAGAAUAUGAACUGAAAUUUGUAUUCAUGACUUGCCUGGGUAAAUAUAGCAGGAACCUGUAUACAAACAGAUGAAAUACUUAGAAAGGCGAUAUUAUAAUUAUACAUAUUGUAUAAAGUGAUUUAGUCAGUGAAAAGUAACCUAGAUUCAGAUUUA